CUCAGCAGCAGCGCGGCGCGCGUGUGUGUGGUCGGAGCAGGGGGCGCGCCGAGCUCCUGGACAAACGCAGUCCGCUCCUCUGGCAGGGGGCGCCGGAGGAUGCCGCGGGGCUGGCGGCUGCCCAGGCCGCGGGGGUUGGCUCCGUGAGGCGCCCGAGCCCAGCUGCGGAGUUUGCAGGCGGUCCGCGCUGCACCAGAGUCCGGGCGAGGCAGUCUCUCUAGCUGAGAGUAAUAGAGCUGGACAUGGACAGUAAUAUAGCUGAAUACCGCAUCAGUGUCAUAAAGAGUCCGCACGGGUGGGAAAUAGGCAUCUAUGUGACUGGCGCACUUGUUCUGCUGGGAAUAGCUGCACUAAACCUGUGGAAACUAUGGAAGUCUGGGAAUUAUCCAACACCGUCUCCAUUUCCCAACUACAACUACCGAUAUCUGGAACAAAAGUACGGGACUACGUAUUCGGACAUCAAACACAAGAGAGGGGGAGCCUCACACUUCCGGAAGGCAGCAGAAAGGACGUCCCCUGUCCGCAAGCCCAGCCUGAAGAUGGAUGACACCUUUGAGAACAUCAAUGAGCUGGGUACCUUAGAGUUGAUGAGCAAAGACCUAGAUCUGGGUCCAUUCGGGCCACUGAAGAAAUCCGUGUCCACUGACUCCCUCAGCUCUAUCUCCUCCAUCGGGAAUAACUUUGGCCAAGACUUCACUGUGGGCCAGGUGGAAGUCAACAUGGAAUACGAUGUGUUCUCCAACACCCUGCAUGUCACACUGCUGCAAGGGAAGGACCUCCUGGAGAAGGAGGACGUCAGCUUUGAGUCGUGCUUUGUGCGCAUCAGCUUGCUCCCAGAUGAACAAAUCAUUGGCAUUUCCAGGAUUCAAAGGAGUGCCUUUUCUGUCUUCUUUGAUGAGAAGUUUUCCAUCCCCUUGGACCCGUCUGCGCUGGAGGAAAACAGCUUGAGAUUUUCUGUCUUUGGCAUUGAUGAGGACGAGAGGAACAUCAGCACCGGGGUAGCAGAGCUGAAGCUGUUGGACUUGGAUCUGGCCAGCCGCCCAUUCAAUGCUUGGCUCUAUCUGCAGGACAUGAACAAGGCAGUUGACUCGGUGGGAGAGAUCCUGCUGUCUCUUAGUUACCUACCCACAGCGGAGAGGCUGACGGUCGUUGUGGUUAAAGCCAAAAACCUCGUGUGGACCAACAGCAAAAUGACAGCAGAUCCUUUCGUCAAAGUGUACUUGCUUCAGGACGGGAGGAAGAUCAGCAAGAAGAAGACAGCUGCGAAGAGAGGUGACACAAAUCCGGUGUUUAAUGAGGCCAUGAUUUUCUCAGUGCCCGCAAUCGUCCUACAGGAUCUCUCUCUCCGGGUGACGGUGGCAGAGUGUUGCGAAGAUGGGAGAGCGGAAAACAUUGGCCAUGUCAUCAUUGGCCCGUCGGCCAGCGGCAUGGGCAUCACGCACUGGAACCAGAUGUUGGCCACCUUAAGGAAGCCGGUGUCCAUGUGGCACCCAGUUCUACGAAACUAAGGGCAAAGUUACACUCUGCGAGUAUCUUGCAUGGUGCCUAGACUUCCCAUAAGCAAAUAUUCUUGGCAAAUGGACAGUGGUACGUGGGACAUAAACUAUUUUUCCAAAUGUUCUUCACAAGUUCCAUUUAGUAAGAAGGAGCAGCAGGGGAAGUCACUGAAUCAGAUCCUUGAGAAAGCUUCAGUGGACUAAAACCUGAGAGAAGAAGCAACUCAAGUGUGAUUAUGCGCAGAAGUAGCUUCCGGGCAAACACUUCCUCCCUAGCACUUCUUUUCCAGUGACACCCGCUUGGGAGUCCCAUUAUCCCUAAUCGUCUGUGAUUUUAUUUUCCAGUGAACGUUACACAAUAGAGCAUGGUCUGUUCACUGACUUAAGAGGGUUAGGGGUAAAUUUGUGAUCUGGCACCCACGGUGGGCUUAGCCCCACAGGUUUUCAAGACAGUGCCCGGGGGGAGUUUAGCCACAUGGAUUUCCAUCUACAUGAUGGCCAGGCUGGCAUUUAACCACCGGGUGUUUUCAGUGCAGGGGCCAAUGGUUUUAAUACAGUGCUGCCCUGACAAUAGUGCCCUCUCCAAGAGGGGUCCUUUGGUUCCUCCUCUGGAUGGCUCCCCAUUAAAAACUUGAGUUCAGGCACAGUGAGCAGCUCCAUAAAUAGCGGGUGCUUAUCUUCCUCGUCCGAUUACUGGACAUUCUGAGCUAAACUGUGAGCAGAGGGAAUACAAAUGUUGGCAUUUUUAAUAAAGGAGCAGCCUUUUUAAAAAAAGAAAGAUAUUUCCCAAAGCAUAAUAUGAACCUAAAGGAGAGUCCCUUUAGGAAGAACUCAUACUGCACUUUACCAUUUCAAUGAACCCCCCCUUUUCCACAGCCCAUUCUCUCAAAGGCUCGAUUCUGCAGUCAGUAGAAGUUGAGAGCCCUCAGCACCUUGGACUCUUGGAUUUUGGGGGGCUCCAUGUUUGAGGUUGGCUGAAAUUCUUCAAAUUUCAAUUAAAAAUGUCAUCAAAAUCUGACUGGGAAAAAAUGGGGAUGGUGAUGGAAUUUGAUAACAUAUUGGUGACUCCUGUUUUUUUGACCAACUAUGGAACAGGGUGAAAUGUUUUGAAUUUCAAAUGCCAACCAGAAAAGUGGGGAAAUGUCCACUCACAAAACAGCUGAUUUCUUUUUUCCCCCUCCUGUUUUCCGGCCAAUUCUAGAGUCCAACUUGAGACACAUUGGUGCCAAUUUCCAGAGCUCCUGAGCUUCUGCAGACCUUC